GUGCAUAUAAGACAAAUGCAAAUAACUGGAUUAUUAGCAACGUAUGGCUUCUUAUUCCGAUAUGGACGAUAUUUUCAUAUUUUAUCUUCACGAUAAGAAUGAUUAAACGGUUUUUGCUACUCUGUUUUUUUCAUGUAAUUUUUUAUAAUUUUUAUAUAAAUUAAAAAUUUUUCAGAAUUUCUAUACAGUUUUAUAACUUUUGAUUUCUCAAAUUUUUUUAUACGAGUUAGAAUACUUUAUAGAAAUGUUAAGAAAAUCUAUAUUUUUUUAGAAUUCUUCAUAUACAUAUAAGCUCUGAAAUAUCUUAAGAAAUUUAAGAUUUAUCACAUUAUAAUUUAAUGAAAUUUUACAAAAAUGGAAAAAAAUGUUUAAAGUAUUUUUUGUAGAAAUGAUAAAACGAGAAUUUACAUAUAUGAAAAAUUUUAAGAAAAAAUGUAGACUUUCGCAACAAUUCUAUAAAGUUCUACUAAUUCAUAUAAAAACUCUGAAAAAAUUUUCACCAUGAUACCAACGCAAAUUCAAAGACUCGUCCGUGAUAUAUUUUAUUGUGACGCGCGAUAACGAUGGGAUGGGAGUGAGGGGUGCCGCGUUCUCACAUUACGGCUCUGGGAGAGUUGCCCCCCCUCCUCCUAACCAUCCCACCGCGUGCAGCACAACACGGGACUAAGCGUUCGCCAUAUCGUCGUGAGUGCUGGCUGGUGAAUUACGACGUGAUUCUUUGGUGCGUGCAACGAAAUUGGGUUCGCGUAGGUGCCGAUCCGUUCACCUGACGGCCGUCGAACCAUCGGACGAUCCGUCCGAGCCGUGGGGCUCGCGACACCCAAUCGAACCACGGAAGUAUUGUGGCACAACAUGGAGCCAAUGAUGGAAGACAAUAAAGAAAAAGUGAGAGCUAGUGUACAAGCUACUAUUGCUGAUAAAAGUAAAGCAACAAAGGAGUCAGAAGUAACAGACGUAGAAAAGAAGAAACAUGAGGAACGCAAGUGUGUUUCCACUAGUAAACCAAAGAAGACUGUUACUAAAGUCAAGACAAAGAAAGCUCGAAACGUGGGCCAGACGAGUUACGAUCCCACGAAGCUGGAGGACAGUCCAGUUCAGGUGCUGGAACGCUUCAAGAGAGGCUGCGAGUGCAUCGACGAUCGGUGCUUCAAGGAUCUGAAUCCUGAAGUGGUUUAUCGGCACAGGCUCAACAUUGCGGAGUUAACUAAAGCCGAGCACGACAUGUAUUUAAUGGGCGUGACGAUGGCCUGUUUGACGGAUCCCUAUCAGACCGCUCGGCAUACGGAGCGACGUAGAUUGCGCGCUCAGUAUGUUUAUCAGGGUCGAAGAGUGUGUUUAGACGCUUUCCUGUACCUGGAAAAUUGCACACAUUAUCAGAUUAAACGGAUUCGGAAACAUUUGAUGACGCAUGGCGUAACGCCACGCGUGCAUGGCAAUCAUGGCAAGGUGCCUCACAACACAUUCUCGCUGGACAUAUACAAGAUUGCGACGGAGUUUCUAAAGAACUUCAUUGAGGUGCAAGAAACAAAGCAGAAGACCAAGCUCGCCAAGAAUGCGCCGCUACAUCUGCCGCCGGACAUUACGCGGAAAACAGUGCAUGACUUGUACACGCAGUAUUGCAAGAAAGUGUCGCCCAACGUCAAGAACAUGGGCUACUCGACGUUUCGACGUUUCAUGAAGGUGCAGUUUCCACAGGUGAAGUUUGCGAAACUCGAGUUUAUCAUGAGAAAGUCCGAGCAGAAUCACUGUACGACCGAAUCUGAUGCGAGGGACGACACGGGCCAACGGAGAUCGCCCAAGUUGGAGCAAGAAGCUCCUAAAGGUAGUACGAUAUUACCGUUGGUGAUAACCGGUGAUUUAGGACAAAACGAGACUUAUGUGCUGACGCCUAUCAGAAAAUUGCAGGACUACACUGUGAGUUAUCAGGUCACUACACGCGGGCUAGUAGUUAACAAUCCUACUAUCACAUUGUCAAAAUCGAAAGCGGUAUAACUCGAAAGACUGUAAGAACAAAAUAUAAAAAUAAUUUUAUACAAAUGAUACGCAUGUACAUAUGAAUGUGAUAUAAGCUUAUUCUAUAAGGCUAUAAUUCCUCGACAAUUACUUCUCGUUAUUAUAUUUUGGAUUUAAAAUUCAGUAAUAUUUAUAUCUUUGCUUGUUCUGUUCGAAUUUAUACGAUCUUACCGUUUUGAAAUUAAUAUUAAAAAAAGUAGUAAAAUAGCAAAAAAAAUUCAUAAAAAAAUCUUAUAUUAACAAUCAAAAUAUGCCAAAAUACUAUAAAAGAAUUUUUUAAAUAUUAGUAAGAAAAUAAAAUACAUUUUGGGUCAACUAUACUCGAACAGAAUAGCAGAAAUGUACGUGUGGAUGUAUGCGGACGCCUACGCAUGUAAAGGGGAUAUUGAUUUAUUUUAGAAACAAAAGUUCUUAUAAAUACAUCCUAAACUGUUUCGUUAAAAAAUUAAUUUGAUUAUUUGAAUACCCAAGUCCGACUGAUGGAUGUGAAAACGUCGGACUAGAAAAUGAUUAAUUCUUAAUACCUCACGUACGCAUACUAAAUUUAAAUUAAAUAUUUUUAAGCAUUUUUCAAAUUUUUAUUUUUUUUUACUCAACUUUGAUAUUCUAUAUUGUAAAAAAAAUGUAGAGCCUAAGACUUUCUCUUUCUAAAAUAAGCCAAAGAAUAUUUCCUUCAAUUUUUCUUUGUUACUUAUUUAGAAAUCACCUUGUGUGUGUGUGUGUGUGUGUGUGUGUGUGUGUGCGUGCGUGCGUGCGUGCGUGCGUGCGUGCGUGCGUGCGUGUGUGUGUGUGUGUGUGUGUGUGUGUGUGUGUGUGUGUGUGUGAUGUGUGCGCGUGCGUGCGUGCGUGUGCGUAUGUGUGUGUGUAUAUACACACAUAUACAUAACUUAUUGUGCUACUGCAUUAAAUGCAGUUUUGUUAAAAUUUAUCUUUUGUUAUAUCUUAUUGAAGAAAUAAGUUGUGUUCUCUCCAUCAAAAACUUGAAUAUAACAAUAGUUGCAUAGAAUAUUCUUGCGACCAAUAAAAAGCAUUUAGCCAAAUGUUCGUAGAUAAGAUACCUUUAUCGUAAUAAAAGCGACGAAAAUGUUAAUUACGUAAAUUAUAUUUGUUAAAAAUAUAUAGUCUAUCUUAUUUCAUAUAAUAAAUUUUUCUUUGAAAAUA